GCAGCUGACAGACGCGGAAAUUAUCACCCAAUCGACUCAAGAAUUAUUCAUCCAUUGAAGUUUCCGGUAUCAAAAGGACAAAUAUUUUCUUCAGGUAGUUCUCCUACUGGAACUAUUAUAAGCCUACUGAAAUGGAUAACAACAGCAUUCCAUUAGAAAACCAACAACAGAUUACUAUUGAUGGUAUAAUUGAUAAUGUGGAGCACCAAUUUGUUUUACCAGUGGGACAAACAAUACAGGAAGAUCAAGUUCAACAGCUUGCUAUCGAACUCACUUCAGACAAUGGUGUCAAAUAUUUAUAUAUACUCACUGAUGGGACCUCAGAACAAAAGAUCAGUAGUGUUGAAAGUAUCGUCAGUGCUGAAUCUAUUACAUUACAAAAAAUAACAGAUGAACAGCCUGAAUUGCAGGAAGAUGUCUGUUCACAGCAAAGCGACAACGUAGUUAUCAUAAAUACAGAGAAAGAUGAAAAACUUAAACAAAUUGAGGACAGAAGUUGUGGAACAAUGACUGAGGAUGAUUUCCUGGAACCAGAACCAGAACAAACUGUUAAGGUACCAGUAUCCAAAACUGUUAAGGUACCAGUAUCCAGGGAAACAGUUGUCCUUCCUCCUACAAUUAAAUUACCCAAGGUCAUUUUUACAGCAUCUGAAAUAAAAGAUGUGGUUAGUGAACCAAAACCUUCUGUAAUAGCACCACUUACUGUAUUAUCUGGAAUAGAAAACCCAAAAGAUUUAUCUUCAGAAGUGAAUGUUGAUAAAACAACAAUGUCAGAGGUGACAGAAAGGUCACAUGUGGUUAAUAGUCAAAAGACAUUAGAAAAUGAUAAGAUAAGGAAAGAAGUUCAAGAUGAAAAUGGACAAAUUAACAUCAAAAAGUCAGCAGAACCAGAAAAGGAAAUCAGCAAUGGGGAAUUACUAGAAGAGGAAAUAAAUAUAAUGAAUGAAAUGAAAAUGGUUCCAUUAACCAAAGUCUUAGUCCAUAAAUUUUCUAAAAAUAAGACUAGCAAAAAUAUUACUGAACAAAAUGACAAUGGUGAUUCCAAAAGUGAAAAUAAAAUGGAUGAAUCUGCUUUAGAAACCAGUGAGGAUGAUUAUGAUAAUAUAAGUAGCAUGGAGGAAUCAGAUUCAGAUGUAGAUCAGAGUAUCACAGAAGAAGAAAUUAAUCAGAUGGAAACAGCUCUAAAACUAGAUGACGAAACAUGUAAGGAAAUCUUAGCCAGUCUUGAAAUGGUGGAAGACAAUAAAGAAAAGUCAGAUGGGGGGAGUCAGAAUAAGCCAAAAGGUCUACCAGUAUAUGAAAGACCAAAAACAAGAAAUUCUACAAAAAACAGUCUCAAAGAAAACUUAACAGAUAAAAGUACUGUGGACAAAAAGCCCAAAACAUAUGGAUGUAUAAUCUGUUCUAAAGUGUAUUCCAAUAGAAAUACAUUACAAGAACAUAUGAAAAACCAUAAAAAUAAAUCAUACCAAUGUGAAAAGUGUGAUAAAACAUUUCAAACACAGAAAAAAUUAGCAAGUCAUGUAAAAAGACAUUCUACUAAACAGCCACACUUAUGUGAAGUCUGUGGAAAGUCAUUCAGAAUCAAAGAAACAUAUGAAAACCAUUUGUAUACACACUCAGAGAAUGCAGAAAAACCAUUUAAAUGUGAUGUGUGUGGAAUAUCCUUCAUCAAGAAUACAUACCUUAUAAGACACUCUACCUGUCAUACUGGUGUUAAACCAUUUAAAUGUCAGGAAUGUGACAUGAAAUUCAGAACUAAAGGUGACCUUCAACGACAUGAAAGAGUGCAUGGAGAGAAACCAGGUGUUAAACAAUUCAAAUGUGAAAUUUGUAAUAAAAGGUACUGUGCUGAAAGUGGUCUUAUUAGACAUGAAAGAUCUCACAAAGGAGAAAAACCACAUAAGUGUGAUAUUUGCUCUAAAGCCUUCUCCAUGCCUGGUGACUUGAAAAGACAUGUCAAAACACAUUACGGUGGUGAUUAUCUCCCCUGUGAGAUUUGUAAUAAAGUGCUGACUUCUAGUGUAGGGUUGAAGCGACAUUUAAGAAUGCAUUCUGGAGAAAAGCCUUAUAAAUGCACUAUAUGUGGAAAUAAGUUUGUUGAUCAAUGGGGCUUGAUGAAGCACAAAAAGUCCCAUGAAGAACCAAUCCAACCAGGACAGUCGUCUGCACAAGUAAAAAACAAAAAGUCACAUGAUAUAGCUGCCCAAUCAGAAGAACCAUCUGUCUUAAUGAAGAAUAAACAGAUACAUGAAUUAGGAGAGCCGUAUGCAUCUUUGACAGAAAUACAUAUUACACGUAUAGAAAACGAGUUGAAAAAACACCAAGCUAUCGUAGUUAAACAGUCAGAUACAUUUCUUCAGACUGCCAAAUGAAGCACUUCUUUUUUGUUUCUUAACAUUCCAGGUGUUUUGUCUUGUAUUUACUUUCUUAUUUUUCUCAAUUACUGUGGAUUUAUUUUUGUGUGCCAAUUUUAGUGGACCGAUAAAAAAAAAAUUUGUCAUUGAAACCUGAUGUCAAUGUACACUUAAAUUUAUGGUUCACCUGUACUAAAGAAAAUCUACAAGAAUAAGAUGGGCACCACUAAUAAUGCAUUGACACCUAAUAGGAAGUUAUGGUCAUGGGGUCAUUUCUAAAAACACUUUUGAUAGAUAGAAAAAAGCCAAUUCCUUUACUUUAGGCAAUGGUUAUCAAUGGUUAAGAGCUAUUUUUUAAAAGUAUUUUUUAAAUGCUCCCAAACAAAUUUUAUGGUCGUAUAUUGAUAUCACGUUGUUGUCAGCGUUGUCAGAAGACAGUCUGGACAAGGACUUUCGUAUUUAAAAGUAAAUAGUAAUCUAUGAAAUUUAAACACAAGGUUUAUAAGUGUUCUGGACCAUAUGAGUAUAUACCCAUAUGGUCAUGACCAUACGUGUAUGGUCCAAAUACUAAUAUGGUCUGGAACAUAAACACAAAAGGAUGAUUGUGAUUGAUUUUGGGGGUUAUGGUCCUAACAGUUUAGAAAUUAUGGGCCAAAAAGAGGCCCAAAAAGGCAUUUUUCUAGUUUCCAGACAAUAACUUUAGUUUAAGUGUAUGGGUUUCUAUAUUAAGAAAUAUGGUAUUUUCUCCAGGUGAUAAGCUGUCAAUUUACUUUUAGAAGUCUCUACUAAAUUUCGAUUAAUUAAGGAAUAUUAUUUUCUAUUAUAAGACUUUUAUCAUGUAUUUAAAUGGGUAAUUAUCCAAUAGAAAUUUGAAUAGAAAUCAUGACCAUAGCUUGAGGGAAAGAUUUUUUUUUUUUAAAAAGACAGGGGGAGGUGAAACAAAAAUUUGGAAAAGGGGGGGAUUUUUUCUCAUUUCAGAUAUCAGAAAUUAAAUAAAAAAAUUCAUAUAUAUAAAUUCUAUAAUAAAAAAAAAAAUGCAUUUUUUUGGUUGGGGUCAAUAUGAAACAGUGUAAAGCAUAGUGUAUUGCACAAAAUAAAAUAAAAAAGGUAACUGUUUUUGCAAUUUUUGGAUGGGGCAAAAAUUUAGUAUAAAUUCAAAUCAUAUAACCAUUUCAAUUCAAGGUUCUUAAACUACAGUUAUUCUGUUUCAGAAAUCUAUUAUAUGUCAAAUAUUUAAUUACAAUCGAAAUUCAAACCUGUAUCAAGCUUGAAUAUUGUGUCCAUUUUUGCCCCAAAGGUUCAGGGUUGGACCUCUGCGGUUGUAUCUAGAGGCAUUUGACAAAGCAAUUUAUUUAUUAUGAUUUAGGUAUUUAUCUUGUAAUGUAUUAUAAUAUGUGUACUUUAUGUGUUAAGUUAAAUUUGUUAUCAUGUUAGCAUGUUUGAUCGCAUGUGUUAAUUUAUUCUCAUUUUGUCUGUUGACUAAUCUUGUAUUAGUUACAUUUGGUAAACUUAAAAAAGGUGUAACUUAACAUCUCUUAAAAACUAUAAAAAUGCAUAAAAAUGAUAUGUAGUCUUCUAUUCUGAUUUUGUGUAAAGAUUGCAUAAAAUGCAAUCACUUGAUUCCUAAAUCUUCUAAAUGUACAAUCAUGAUCAAAGAAAGAUAACUCCAACUCAAAUUUAUUAUGGGCCUUUCCUACUUAUAAAUCAAUGUUUUGUUUUAAAUUCUCAAAAUUGCUAAGUUAGCAAUCUUUAUCCUCCAGUGCUCACACACACUUUGAUUCAUAGUCUGAUUGACAUAUGUAAGGGUACUAACAUAUCUCCCUGGAACAGUCUGCAUUGUAAGGGUACUUGUCUGUCAGACAGAAGUGACAUGAAUUCAACCUCAUUUUAUGGA